UUGUACUUGUGUGUGCGAGUUCAAACUAAAUUUUGGGGUGGACAUUAGUUUCGGGAUUUGCCAUUCAAGUCAGUUUCGAGUUCGAUCUAGACACUGCUGUCAAUAUUGAAAUUCUAUAAUCCAAAUCGACAAUCCGUACCAGUUUAAGGCAAAAGUAAGUCCGGCUCAAGCUCUUAUCCCCGGUCGUCUUCCAUCCGAAAAUCAUGUCCGACGACUUCGAUGGCUGCGAGUGCGUCUGGUCGCAGGAGUAUGCGAUGCAGCGACUCAUCAACUUGAUACGCCAGAACCAGAAUGCCUGCACGGACACCGAGUGCUUUGAUGUCACCGGACGUACGCAGCAGCAGCAGAGCGUGGGUGGGGGCGAGGGCAGCGGCUUCACCGUCGCCAUGAUUUUCAUGAUCGUGGCUAUGUUCAUGUACAUACUGAAUCCGAGUACCUGGGGCCAGCUGACCAGCAACAAGCCAGCAAGCGGCCGGCGUGACCACAACCAGGACGGCUCGCCACCGCCUCCGCAGCCGCCGCCGCCGGCCAUUAACUAGAGAUGGCUUCGAGCGGGGAUCUCUGCUUUCGCCAAAAACCUGAGCUUAUCCACAAUUUGCAAUUGCAUUUCUUGAUUUUUGUUUCUUUGUACGGAUUGAUGAAGCGUUCACAUUUUCCACAUAAUUCGGAACGAAUGAGAGCAAUAAAUAUAUAAAUGUAGCCCCGUUUACAAAGAUUAGACAAAUUAUACAUCACACUGACAUUGUACAAUAAAAAAAAAAGCAAGAAAGAAGAUAAAACACUCAACCGCACACACAGGCUUAUUAACUCACCCGAAAUUUUUGAAAAUACACUUUGGAAACUAAA